AUGUUUGAACAUUUCGAAACAUUCAGGGUCACUACUCAAUCCCACCCGACUGUGGAGAUCUUUGGCUUGAAGAGCGGGGAACAAUCGUCUGACAAGCCAGCGCUAUUACUACUACAUGGCUACCCACAAACUCAUCACAUAUGGCACCAUGUUGCACCGCAAUUGACAGAGAAGUUCGACGUCAUCGUUCCAGACAUCCGCGGCUAUGGCGAAUCCUCGAAGCCAGAUGAUGUUGGGCAAUACGUGAAGAGCCUCAUGGCGCAGGACUGUGUCUCGGUAAUGGACCAGCUAGGAUACAAGUCCAAGUUCUACAUCUGCGCCCACGACCGAGGCGCCCGUGUCGCGCAUAAGCUGCUGGUUGACUACCCAGACAGAGUGCACAAGGUGAUCCUCCUGGACAUUUGCCCCACGCUGGCCAUGUACACGGCGACCGACUUUGAUUUCGCCAAGGCGUAUUUCCACUGGUUCUUCCUUAUCCAGCCGGCUCCAAUGCCGGAGACCAUGAUCCUGUCUAACCCGAGAAAGGUUGCCGAGAUGUUCAUGGGCGGCCGCCAAACGGAUGGCCUCAAGAUCUUCGAGGAGACAGCCUUCGAAGCCUAUGUCAAGAACCUCUCGGACUACGCUGCGGUGCAUGCUACGUGUAACGAUUACCGUGCCGGCGCGACCCUAGAUUUGGAGGAGGCGCGCAAAGACUUGGCGGAAGGAAAGCUGAACAAGGUGCCUUUGCGUGUACUUUGGGGAAAGUACGGAGUCAUUGAGAAAUGCUUCAAGGCAGUGGAGGAAUGGAAGAAGGUGACGGCUGAAGGGGUUCAUGUCGAUGGAUAUGCAGUCGAGUCCGGCCACUACAUCCCGGAGCACGUGCCUGACGACCUCUUGAAGUCCAUCCUGGAAUUCUUCGUUUGA